UUUCGGUUUAAGUUUCAAGCGCCGCCGAAGUCUAAACCCGCAGUUACAGAGCACAGCGGAGCGAAGAAGAAGGAUUCGUUCUUAAAAGACGAAAAUGACGUCGGAGUUACAGUUACCGCCAGGCUUCAGGUUCCACCCGACGGACGAGGAGCUUGUGAUGCACUACCUGUGCCGGAAAUGCGCUUCGCAACCAAUUGCUGUACCGAUUAUCGCCGAAAUCGACCUCUACAAAUACGAUCCUUGGGAACUUCCUGGUAUGGCGUUGUAUGGAGAGAAAGAGUGGUACUUCUUUUCGCCUAGGGACCGGAAGUACCCGAACGGUUCAAGGCCGAACCGAGCGGCCGGGACCGGCUACUGGAAGGCGACCGGUGCCGAUAAGCCGAUAGGGCAUCCGAAGGCAGUCGGGAUCAAGAAGGCUCUUGUGUUUUACUCUGGCAAAGCCCCCAGAGGAGAGAAAACGAAUUGGAUCAUGCACGAGUACCGGCUGGAUGUCGAUCGCUCCGCACGCAAGAAGAACAGCUUAAGGCUGGACGAUUGGGUUCUGUGCCGCAUAUACAACAAGAAGGGCAGUAUCGAGAAACAACAACAGCAGGCGGCUAUCGACAAGAAGAAGAUGAUGAACGACCAGGAAAUGGAGGACAAGAAGCCGGAGAAUCUGACCGUCGGAGGGACCGCAUCGAAGAUACUUCCCGUGCAGACGGAGAAGGCGAAUGAUUACAUGUACUACGACACGUCGGAUUCGGUGCCUAGGCUGCACACGGACUCGAGCUGCUCGGAACAAGUGGUGUCGCCGGAGUUCGCGUGCGAGGUGCAAAGCGAGCCUAAGUACUGGGAAAAGGCCCUGGAGUUCCCAUUUAAUUGCAUGGAUACCCCCAUCGACGGUGGAUUCGGUUCGCAAUUCCAGAGUAAUAAUCAGAUGUCGCCGUUACAGGAUAUAUUCAUGUACCUUCAGAAACCUUUUUGAUGAGACGUUCGGUGCGAAUGUGGCCGAAACGUCAAACAUUUGUCAAUGGAUGCAUGCAUCGCUCGGUAACUCGAGACAAAAAAGUCUAUGACUGUUCCCGUGCUCUGCUGUGGAAAAAAUGGGCUAAGGAAAAAAAAUUAAGAAUUAGAAAAAAUAUUUGUGGGGUCCAGGGUGGGGCAAAGACAAGGUGUAUUUUUUUUUUUUGUUUUUUAAGGGGGAUGUCGAUGUAAUGGUCCAUGGUGGAACGAUACAUACAUUUAGGACACAGUGGUGGUAUGCAUGCAUGUCUGUGUAUAUCAUCAUGUAUAGAUACUGUGUUAGUGUGUAUACAUCAUGAUGAUGAUGAUGAUGAUAGAUUUUGGGAUGCUCAUUUUGGGCUUCUCUAAAUUCUUAAACAGUCAGUAGUGGAAUUUCUUCCUUCUUAGUCA